CCAUCUGUCAAAAGCCGACAUUUUUAGCUUUGCAAAGUUGAAAAAAUUAUUUUUCGCAAAAGAAAAUAUUUCAAUUCUUCCAGUUUUAAUAAAAUAAAAGUGCUUUUUAACAUCUUAUUAAUAAACUAAACAAACAUUCUAUGGAUUUUUAAGGUAAACUACGUUGGGGUAAAAUACACAAAAAAAUAGAAAGACAAAUUAUCAAGUAAUUAUGACACAGUACUUGCCGCCAAAUCUCCUAGCCUUGUUUGCAGCUCGAGAUCCGAUUCCCUAUCUACCACCUUCAGAUAAAUUACCGCAUGAAAAGAAAUCCCGAGGAUAUUUGGGCGUGGGCAAGUUCUUGAGUGAUUUCGAGGAUCCCAAAGAUACGCCGCCUCACACACGUGUCGAAACUAGACAAGAACGUUUGGAACGUCGCCGGCGUGAAAAAGCCGAACAGGUUGCUUACAAGCUUGAACGUGAAAUCGCAACAUGGGAUCCUCAGCAAAUAGCCGAAGCCACCGAAGAUCCAUUUAAGACAUUGUUUGUAGCUCGAGUGAAUUAUGAUACAUCCGAGUCGAAAUUACGUCGUGAAUUUGAGGUGUAUGGUCCGAUCAAGAAGAUCAUUAUGAUCACUGACAUGGAAACGGGCAAACCUCGUGGCUAUGCGUUUAUUGAGUACGAACACGAGCGUGAUAUGCACUCUGCCUACAAACAUGCCGAUGGUAAAAAAAUCGAUGGCAAACGAGUAUUGGUUGAUGUGGAAAGAGCAAGAACGGUGAAGGGCUGGUUGCCACGUCGUUUGGGUGGUGGUUUGGGUGGAACACGUCGCGGAGGAGCUGACGUAAACAUCAAGCAUUCCGGUCGAGAAGACAAUGAGCGUGAACGUGAACGCUAUCGCCUGGAAAGGGAAAGAGAAGAUCGUGGUGGGGAUCGUGGACCUGUGGGAGGUGGUGGGGGUGGACCACCACCGCCACGAUUCGAUGGCAGACGCCGCUCAAGAUCAAGAGAUAGACGAGAGCGAGAAAGAUCUAGGCAUCGUAGUAGGUCAAGGGAGCGCAGGAAGCGCAUUCGCGGUGGUAGUCGGGAUCGAGAGUAUGAUGAUCGUGCGGAGAGACGCGGUGCCGGCGCCGGAGGUCCUAGUAUGGGUAAUGAAAAAGAACGUGAUCGUGGUGAUCGUGAGCGUGAUCGUGAGCGCAAGAAGAAGCGAUCGAAAUCACGUGAUCGUGAGCGUGAUCGCUCCGAAAAGAAACGUGAUCGACGUGACAGGGAUCGAAGUGAUCGUGAUCGUGGUGAUCGUGAAACCAAGGAAAGGAAACCUGAUUUCCGCGACGAUAUGAUUAAGAUCAAAGAAGAACCUGUGGAUGAUUAUCCAGCGUACUCCAUUCAGCCUCUUAAUUAUCCAGGCAUUAAGACAGAAGAUGACGAAGUCAAAUAUCGACCACCAAAUGAUCAACAAUUUUCACAACCUCCUCCACGUAUACCCAGUGAUCGAGAAAACGGUCAGAAUCCGAACUCGAAUGAUGACAAGGAUGAACAACAAUGGUGGCGUUAAUAUAUUUCCCCUCUUUCAAUCAUAAUGCAAUUAGUGACGAUUUUUCCCCCAUGGCUGCCGAUCUGCCGCCCACGCCACCACCAGUAGAAUGUUAUUGUAGAUUAUACAGUUUUUUUUUUAAAUAAUUUUCUUUCUUUCCGUAGAGCGCAAUUUUUAUCUCUUUUUUUAUUAUGAAUAAAAAAUAAUAAUAAAUAAAUUAGAUACAAAAUAUAAUAUUCCUGAAUUCUAAACGGAAAACAACACCAAAUUAUAUAGUAAUUAAAUUGA